AUGAAGAAUAACAAAAAGAAAGGCACCUCCAAUAAGAAAAAAUGGCGCAAAGAGAAGCAGCCACAGGAGAAGAAUGUAAAUGAUAAUGCCAAAGCCACAAAACUUGCCGAAGACAAAUCUAGCUUUGAGCGUGAUUAUCGUAAAGUUCUCCACGAUAUCAAUAAUGUUAUUGUGGAAAUGAAUGAAAGUCUGCCUGAAAAAGUGAACGAAACGAGCAACCAGUUGGACAAGGAGAAUAUUGAGAGUGUGCCAGAGCCAUCGCAUACUGUGCAGCCCGAGGAGACUCUGCAGCCCGUAGAAAUCAUAGAGCUGGAGUCCGUGGAGAUCAUAGAGACUCUGCAGCCUAUGGAACUCCCACAGCCCUUAGAGUCCGUAAAGCACAACGAGCUUCUGGAGCCCAUUAAGCCCAUGGAGACUCUACAGGCCAUAGAACUCCUAGAGCCCUUAGAGCCCAUAGAGUCCCCACAGAGCCCCACCAAGCCCCUGCCGCCCAUUGAGCCUGCGAUUGUGUCGACACAUAAUACACAAUUAUUGGAAGAUGUCAAAGACUUCUACGAUGGCAACUCCAUUGUCAUAAGUCCCACUGGCGAAUGUAUUCACUUCAAUGCCAUUGAGGAUGAGACAAUUUUGGAGGAAUACGAAGAGGCGUUCUAUGCCACAUUGAAGAUCGUUGGCGCUGUGGCCAACAAGCACAAGUAUGAAAUCUUUUUGCUGCUGUAUCCCAUGAUGGCCCUGGCCUACAUGCAAAUGAUAUUCAGUGACCAGGUGGAGCGAGCCACUGGCUUUCUGGAGCAGGCGGCCGAGCAUCUGGACGGGUCGUACAAUCGACGCAUUGAGAAGCUGCGGCGCAUACGCGCGUACGAUCAGCUGCCGGAAAGGGCACUGGAGCUGCUUGCCAGUGCGGACAGGGUGGUGAUGGCCAUGGCCUGUCCGACAUAUCAUUUGUACAUUCAUUGCGUGGCAGAUUGGACGCUGGGGCAGCAGAACAAGUUGCUCGACCACUUUGCCAUCCGCAGCUACAACGAGGAUGUGCCGGUCAAGGAGUGGCAAUUGUGGGGGCAGCCACAACUGGAGCGCCUCGUGCACAGUGAGGCGCACCUGCCACGCCACUCUCCGCUUGAUCGCAGCAAGCAGACGAAGAUCUGUCUGUUUGCAACGAAGCAGCGCUUCUCGAACGUUCUCUGCACCACCAUAUCGAACGAUCUGUCGAUGGUGGCAGUGGGCACAAGCCGCCACUAUGUCCAGAUCUGCAUGGGCCUAGAUGCGAUGAGGCCGCAAACUGCUCACUGGAGGAGCGACAUGGUACUCCAUCGCCACGAGGGCCCAGUGACAUCGAUUGCCUUCGCGCCCUCCGAUCGAUUUAUGCUCAGCUGCUCGCAGGACUUGACCAUGCGUCUGUGGUGCGUCCACUCGUGGAAUUGUGUGUCCACAUACACGGAUCAUCUGUGCACCUACGUGGCAUUUGCCCCACGCGGCUUCAGCUUUGCCACCGCCUCGAACGAUGGCAUCGCACGUGUCUGGGGCGCGAACAUCGGGCAGCCCGUGCUCGAGUGCAAGGGACAUUUGGCUGACGUGAAGGUGUGCGUGUUCCAUGAGAGCGGACAGUAUCUGGCCACAGGGUCCGCCGACUGCACUGUGCGCAUAUGGCACCUGUACGGGAGCGGCCAGGUGCGCGUCUUUCGUGGCCACAGGGACAACAUCACUGCUCUGGCAUACUCCAAGUGCGGCCGCUACUUGAUAUCUGGAUCCCACGAUGCUUGCAUCAUUGUCUGGGACACGAUCAUUGGACGUUCGCUGCGCAAGCUGCAAUUUCACACAUCGCCCAUUCGUGCCAUGGCCGUGGACAUGGACAACAAUACGCUGGCUGUGGGCGGUCACAAUAGAUUGAGUUUCUGGGACUUGCAGCUGCUCGUCCACACCGUCUGUGAGGAUGAGGCUGAAGAGGACGACGUUGCCACGACCAAGGAACUUCUCCACAGUUCAUUUGAAUAUUUGGAGUCGCCCAUUAGCUGCCUUGGCUUCAUUGGCCCUCACUCUCUUAUGGCCGUUGUCGGAGAUCCAGCACCAAAGGACAACACGGACAAUCCGAACGUCGAAGACAACGCUUCGGUGGCCGUGGAAUGUGACAAGGAGGAGGGCAGUGUAGCUGGCAUAGCUCCCUCCUAA